CUCUUCCGGUGUGGCGCUGUCUGCUGUGGGUUCGGUGCCGCCAUGGCCAAGUCCAAGAACCACACCACGCACAAUCAGUCCCGUAAGUGGCACAGAAAUGGCAUCAAGAAGCCCAGAUCCCAUAGAUAUGAGUCUCUCAAAGGGGUUGAUCCCAAAUUUCUGAGGAACAUGAGAUUUGCCAAGAAACACAACAAGAAGGGGCUGAAGAAGAUGCAAGCCAACAAUGCCAAGCAGGCAGCUCUACAGAAAAAGGACUGACCUGGUUUAAGGCAAAGAACCAGUUUGCCUUUUAGCAUGUAUGUUUAAAGCAUUUUUGUACAAAUAAAAUUGGACACAACAAAAUUUUCACCUCCUGAAUUUGAGGAGAACCCUCAAAAGUGCCUUGAGUUUUAUUGUAAAUGACAGUUGUGUGUCAUCCCAUCUGCAUGUAGUGACCAGUGCGUGGUUUUGUUCCCUGUCAGAUGAGCUGCAGAGGUUAUGUGUUGAUUUUCUCAGUCUCCACAAGUCCUAGAUAGAGCAGCUGCUCCUUCCUCAGUACUGUUUUACUGCAAUUGUUGGUGUAGACUGUGAACAUCUCACAGCUGUUUUCAAUUUGUGAAACUGUUACUGGGCGAAGCUUUAAAAUACAAGCAAGCAGCAAUAUUUUGAAUCAUACAGGCUCUUAGAUGACAGUAUUCAGUAUAGGUAGAACUGGUUUUGAUAAUGGAUGUGUGUUCAAAGCUGUCUCAUGCUGUGAUUUGUGCAGCAGUUCUUAGUGCUGUUAGAGCACAGCCAGACUUUGAGGGCUGUUCCUUACACGCCCUCUGCAUUACUAUUCAAGUCAGGUAGCUACAGCAAUGGAAAUCCUGGAAAAUCAGGAAGAGUACUGAGUGUUAACUGCAGUGUGAGAGAUCAUAGCAAUUAAUAGCAGUAGUAUGUGUUGUCUUUUAAAAUGCUUCAAGUAAUAAAGUGUUAAAAGGGU